AUGCUGUCUGCCAUUCCCACGACCUUGCGCGCGGGCGCUCGUCGAGCCGUGGCUCGUGGGCCUGCGUCAAUUGCCGUUUCGACCGCUCCGAAAUCGUCCCGAUGCCUGCAGCAGCAGAGGUUGUUCACCUCGUCGCAAUCCAGGCUCGCCCGUGCCCCGACGCGCGACCGCACCCGCGAGAUUGUUGCCCAGACUGUGAGCAGCAUCGGCAGCAAGCGUGAGGGCCAGCAGUACCUCAAGCUCUUCACGUCCGUCUCGUCGCAAAAGUUCGCCGUCAUCAAGGUGGGCGGAGCCAUCCUCACCGAGCACCUCGACGAACUAUGCCGCAGUCUGCUGUUCCUGUACGAGCUCGGCCUGUACCCGGUCAUUGUCCACGGUGGUGGUCCCCAGCUGAACCAGCUCCUGCUGGACGCUGGUGUCGAGCCUCAGUUCGAGGAGGGUAUCCGCGUCACUGAUGCCAAGACCUUGGGCAUUGCUCGCAAACUGUUCCUAGAGGAGAACCUCAAGUUGACCGACCGACUCGACGAGCUGGGCGUAGCCACGCGAUCCCUAAGUGGUGUCUUUAUGGCUGAUUACCUCGACAAGGAGAAGUGGCAGUAUGUGGGCAAGAUCACAAAAGUCAACACAGCGGCCAUUGAGAAGUCGAUUGAGGCUGGUUACGUGCCCAUCAUGACGUCCAUGGCGGAGUCUGAGGAUGGUAGGCUGCUGAAUGUCAAUGCCGACGUCGCCGCUGCCGAGCUAUCCCGUGCCAUUGAGCCCCUCAAGGUCGUCUACCUGUCGGAGAAGGGCGGUCUGUUUGGCGGUGACCACGAGAAGAUCAACCAUAUCAACUUGGACGAGGAGUUUGACCAUCUCAUGUCCCAGGAGUGGUGCAGGUACGGCACCCGCCUCAAGAUCAAGGAGAUCAAGGAGCUCUUGGACACUCUGCCUCGCAGCUCUAGCGUGGCUAUCAUCCACCCCAGUGACCUGCAAAAGGAGCUCUUCACCGACUCAGGUGCGGGCACUUUGAUCCGUCGCGGCGACAAGAUUCAGAAGGCUUCCUCUGUGUCCGAGUUUGAGGACCUUGAUAAGAUCAAGGCUACCCUCGUCAGGGACCGCGAGGGCCUUGAUGCCGAGGCUACCGUCGAUCGCUUUGUCGAGUCAUUGAAGGGAAAUCCCUUUACUGCGUAUUACGACGACGCUAUGCAGUGCUUGGCUGUCGUUUUGCCCCCGACCGACGAGCGCCCCAUGGCUACUCUGGCCACCUUGAACAUCACCAAGGCAGGAUGGCUCAGCAACGUGGCCGAAAACGUCUUUGUCGCCAUCAAGAAGGACAACCCCAGUCUGUUCUGGACGGUGAGCGAGGCUGACGAGAACCUGACAUGGUUCUUUGAAAAGGCCGACGGCAGCUUCAACCACAAUGGCAACGUGCUCUUCUACUACGGCGUGGAUCUGAACUCAGACGCCCUCGUGCCCAUCUACAACGAGUUUGUCUCCCACGGAAGGGCUCUGCUCGGCGACAACAACCUCGAGUCCCGCCUGCGUCGCGCCGCGCAAAUCGCUAGCCAGUCAUUGAACCGCAACCAUACCCAGCAACUAUCCCGCGGAUAA